UCCUGGUCCCAAUUUCUGGGGACGGACUAUAACGGCCGGGACAUCUUCACCCGGGUAGUCUAUGGCGGGCGGGUCUCCUUGCAGGUGUCCUCCCUGGCCGUGUUGCUGGGCACCACCGUCGGCGCCAUGUGGGGCGUUGCCAGCGCUCACAUAGGUGGUCGAUUCGACAUGAUCAGUCAACGGGUCCUUGAGGUUUUCAUGGCGUUUCCCUCCUUGGUCCUGGCAAUGGUUCUGCUGGUAGGGAUUGGGGCGGGGCUUUGGACCGUAAUCAUCGCCAUCUCCGUCACCCGUCUUCCUUAUGGGGUACGCGUCGUGCGAUCGGUAGCCAUGUCGAUUAAGGAAACCGACUAUGUCUUGGCAGCCCAGGCAAUCGGAGUGUCCAACCUGCGAAUGAUGUCCCGCCACAUAGCGCCCCAGUGCAUUGCGCCCUUCCUGGUGCUGGCCUCGGCACAUCUGGGGGUGGCUAUAAUAAUCGAGUCCUCCCUGGGUUUCCUGGGGGUAGGGAUUCCGCCGCCAACCUCCACUUGGGGAAAUAUGCUGGGCGGUGCCGUAGCCAACGUCCUUAUACCGCACUGGCCACUAGUGGUCUUUCCGGGAGUGGCCAUCACACUCGUGGUGCUUGGGUUCAACUUCUUUGGUGAUGCGGUUCGGGACGCUUUCGACCCGAAACUGCGUGGCCGGUAG